UAGUAGAAGAAGAAAAAGGCUCCUCCCACUCAACAUGGCGUCCUAGAGGAGAUUCCAUGCUUGUUUGUUGACAUAUAUUUAAAAAACAAGCUUAUGCUGUAUUAGCGUACUUACAACUACUACAACUAUGUCGAGACUCAUUGUUAAAAACCUACCUAAUGGGAUGAAGGAGGAGAGGUUCAGGUCGAUGUUUGCUGCCUUUGGCACCGUUACAGACUGCUCUCUGAAGUUUACCAAGGACGGCAAGUUCCGCAAGUUCGGCUUUGUGGGUUUUAAAGUGGAGGAAGAUGCAAACAAAGCUCUGAAACAUUUCAACAAGAGCUUCGUGGACACAUCCAGAGUGACGGUGGAGAUGUGUAAGGCCUUUGGAGACCCCACUAAGGCAAAAGCCUGGAGCAAACAUACCCAGAGCUCAGGCCCGGACAAACCUUCCACUCCUGCUGACUCAGACAGCAAAAAGAAAAAGAAACAGAAAAAGGAAACCGACAGCACACUUGGAAAUCUGGAAGAGGACCAGGGAUUCAAGGAGUUUCUGUCAGUACAUCAGAAUCGAAGCCAAGCACCGACCUGGGCGAAUGACACUGUGCAGCAAACAACUGAUCCUGACAGUGGACAGGCAAAGGCUCAGGGCAAGAAGAACCUUGCUUCAGAUGACUACCUCAACUUUGAUUCAGACCAGUCAGAGGAUGAGGAAGAUGAAGAUGAAGGUGCCACUAAAGAAGCACUGAAGUCUGGCUUAUCAGAUAUGGAGUACCUGCGCUCUAAGGUGGCACAGACAGACGACACCAUGGAGGAGAGUGGAGAGAAGGAUGAUGGUGAAGGGGAUGAUGAUGAAGACGAGGAUUGUGGUCCUGUGCAGCACACAGACAGCGCAUAUGAGAGUGGUGACAGAGAAAACAUGUCAAAGACCAAAACCUCAGUUGCCUCUGAGGAUAAGAAGCAGAGCAAAGCGAAGAAAACUACCAAACAAGAGAUGGAACCGACGACAGAGUUCACAGUGAAGCUGAGAGGAGCCCCUUUCAGUGUGAAAGAGCAACAAAUCCGAGAGUUCAUGACACCGCUGAAGCCUGCAGCAAUCAGGAUUGGGAAGAAUGAGAGUGGAGAUAGAACAGGUUAUGUAUAUGUGGAUUUGCACUCUGAUGAAGAGGUGGAAAAGGCCUUGAAGAAGAAUAAAGACUACAUAGGUGGGCGUUACAUUGAGGUCUUCCGUGUGGAUGCCUCUGGAGGUAAGGGCAAGAGAGACAGAAAGGACAAAGAAAUUGACAGAAACUUCACCAGGAAGCUGAAGGAGGAUGAGGAGGAGGAAGAUGUUGCAGACUCAGGUCGACUCUUCAUCAGGAACCUUCCUUACACCUGCUCCGAGGAAGAGAUCAAAGAGCUCUUUGCUAAACACGGUCCUUUAUCUGAGAUGCUCUUCCCUAUUGACAAUCUAACCAAGAAGCCGAAAGGAUUCGCUUUCGUAACAUACAUGAUACCAGAGAAUGCUGUGACAGCUCUGGCUCAGCUGGACGGACAUAUAUUUCAGGGCAGGAUGCUUCACCUGCUUCCUUCCACAUUGAAGAAAGAAAAAAACGACUCUGCAGAUGCUGGUGGUCCUGGCUCUUCGUCUUACAAGCGGCAAAAAGAUGCCAAAAAUAAAGCUUCAAGUUCUAGCUCCCACAACUGGAACACCCUGUUUCUGGGCACAAGUGCAGUGGCAGAUGCCAUUGCUGAAAAAUACAACACCACAAAAAGCAAAGUCCUGGACCAUGAGUCAAAGGGAAGUCUUGCAGUGAGGAUGGCUCUGGGAGAAACGCAGAUUGUUCAGGAGACUCGGCAGUUUCUACUAGACAAUGGUGUCAGUCUGGAUUCCUUUAGUCAGGCUGCAGCAGCGAGGAGUACAACUGUGAUCCUGGUGAAAAACCUUCCAGCUGAGGUGACGGCGUCAGAGUUAGAGGAGCUUUUCUCACCUCAUGGCUCUUUGGGCCGAGUGCUGCUGCCGCCCUCAGGCCUCACCGCCAUCAUCGAGUUCCUAGAGCCAACGGAGGCGAAACGAGCAUUCACUCGGCUGGCCUACAGCAAGUUCCGCCACAUCCCACUGUAUUUGGAGUGGGCACCUGUGGGGGUGUUUGUGGCAGCCAAACCAGAACCAGUUUUAGAAAAAGAUGAGGCAAUGAAAGAGGAGAAGAAAGAUGAAAAAGAGGAGGAGGAGGAGGAGGAAUCUGCUCCUGGUUCAACACUUUUCAUUAAAAAUCUAAAUUUCAGCACAACAGAGGAGAAACUACAGGAGACAUUCUCCAAAUGUGGCAAGAUCACGUCCUGCAGCAUCUCCAAGAAGAAAGAUAAAACAGGUAUGAUGUUGUCCAUGGGCUACGGUUUUGUUCAGUAUCAGACAGCAGAGGCAGCGCAGAAAGCCCUGAGGCAACUACAGCACUGUACUGUGGAUGAACACCAGCUAGAGCUGAAGAUUUCUGAGAGAGCCACAAGGACUACUGAGGUUUCACGCAAGAAGAGGCAAGACGAGAAGAAACAGACAGGAUCCAAGAUCCUUGUGCGGAACGUCCCCUUCCAGGCCACUGUCAGGGAAAUUAGGGAACUCUUCUGUACAUUUGGAGAGCUGAAGACAGUCCGUCUCCCAAAGAAAGCAGCUGGUUCAGGGAAUCAUAGGGGUUUUGGCUUUAUUGACUUCCUCACCAAACAGGACGCUAAGAAAGCAUUUACUGCAUUGUGCCACAGCACCCAUCUGUACGGAAGACGCCUUGUGCUGGAAUGGGCUGAUGCUGAGGAAACGGUAGAGACAUUGAGACGAAAAACAGCCGAACAUUUUCAUGUGGCCACCAAAAAGAAACGAAAGGCAGAAGUUAUGGAGGGAAUUCUGGAGACGAUGGAAACUGGAGGGGGAGGGGAAGACUGAGUUCACUGAACGCUGUUUUCUCUGUCGAAGCCUCUACACAACUCUGACCAGUGCUCAUGUGUUUUUGGGAACAAAAUAAGGACCUGAUUGGCAUGUGCAGACGGAGCAGUUCACUUGAUGAAAUUAACAGCUGGUCGAAGUUUUGUGGAACUUUAAAAACGUCUGGAUUUCUUACAUUACACAUGUUUUGUACAGAAUUAUGCCUCAAAGCAAUAUGAUUUGACUGUCAGUUUUUAUAUAAAGUUUUAUUUCAUGCCUCA